CGGUUCGGACGUGUUUCGUGUUGCGGAAAAUUGACCGUUUGUGUUCCCGCGUACGAUUUGGCGUAAUUUUUUCGAAUACUCGUCGAGGCUAGACUGCUGGUUGGUUGCGCGCAGUACGCAAAUUCGAUCCGUAGAAAUCGCUGCCAGACCCCAUAUCACGACGCUAUAUAAAUAAUGCAAGUGCAGUCCGUCGCCCCGAGGGCACUACGGGAAAUCUAUUUUCGCCAAAUGCAAUAAAACAAAGGCAAAAACGCAGAAACAAAGUAAGAGCAGCAGCAAACGCAAAUUGAUCGCAUAUCAGUAUAGUAAUCGGAGUGCUAUUUAGAUCAUAUAAAUAUAUGUACAUAUAUAAACGGUUAUGUCAUGAAAGAUGUUUGAGUGAAUUUUGAAAAUUUAAUACAGAAUCCUAACAGUUGAAACAAAGUAAGAGCUACAAAAACAACACUAGUAACGCGUAUAAUUUUUUGCAAACUUUUUCGAGACCUCAGCGCCGGCAGCAGAGAGAAACUUGUAGCCCCCCGCUCGAAUCGCCCACUUUUGGUCGUCUCUUCUUUUAUUGCCCUCACGCGUGUUUUGUUUGUGCUCGUGUCGGUGUGUGCGUGCUGUGCUUGUACGGUUGUGUGUGUGUGUUAGCCGGCAAUUUGUGAGAGUGUAUUAGUGGGGAAAACAGCUGUUUGUUGCAAACGUUACGCUCUCUCUCUUCACGUGGCUUUCCCCUGUCUGUCUGUCCCCCACCCUUUGAGCGCAGAGCAGUGCAAAAGGAAAAGAGAAAAGCUCUUCCAUCCAUACGAAACAAGAAAAAAACAGCAUCCACAUCUCAAUAUGGCGGCAGCGAUAGCGACAGGAACAUCUUCCAGAAGGAGCAUCUGUGUGACGCAGCUCCUGCUCUUUACCCUACUCUGUGGCAGCAUUGUGGGUCUCGUCAGCGGCAAGCAUUUGAGUGCCACCGGGGGCGAGCAUCAGCACCAGCAUCAGCACAGUGCCGCUACGCACCACCGGCGACGCCUGCAGCGGGACUCGCGCGCCAAGGAUACAGCGCAGCAGCAGUGUGAGGCCGUCAAGGGGUAUUUCGAGUCCAUCGACAUUCAUUCGAGUGGAGUCCAUAAUGAAAAAGGCGCAAUUUGUGGUGGAAGCUGCUGCAGCAAUGCCACAGAGAUGGAGCUACGUCAGAAGGCAUCGGGAAUGUUUGAGCAGCUGCUGCACCAUCAUACGAGCAGCCUGCGUGGGAUCCUAGCGGAUAAUGCCAACCAAUUCCAGAGUCACGUCCUGGAGUUGGCCCAACAAUCGGAGAACAAGACACUGACGGUCUUCUCGAAGGUCUACAUACGAAUGGUGCCGCUGUCGGGGAUGAUGAUACGCCAGUUGUACACAGAAAUCAUGAACCACCUGAAUUACAUCUCAAACUAUACGAACAGCAAUGGCCAGAUGGGCAGCAAGGCCAGCAUUGGCAGCCUACGUAGUGGCCUGGAGGAUGCCGUGCACAAGUUCUUUGUGCAACUCUUUCCCGUGGCCUACCACCAGGCGGUGCAUCUUGCAAAGAACAAUUACGGGGAACUGCACGAGGACUACAUCAACUGUUUAAAGCACAAUUUUGACGAGCUGCAGCCCUUUGGGGGCAUACCCAGAGAGAUCCAGAGCAGCCUCGUCCACAGCGUACACAUGUCGAACGUGUUUAUGAAUGCCCUGCUCCAGAGCGCCGAGGUGUUGAGCGAGGCGGAUGCCCUCUACGGCCAGCAGCUGACGGACACGUGCAAGAUGCAUCUCCUCAAGAUGCACUACUGCCCGAAUUGCAACGGUCACCAGACACGCGGACAGCCGCAGAUUUGCAAUGGCUACUGCAUGAACGUGAUGCGCGGCUGCUCCGCGGAAUACGCUGGUCUGCUGGACGGUCCCUGGUCGAGCGUCGUGGAGGCUCUGAACAAUCUGGUCACCACACACAUCGUGACCGACAGCGGCAUCAUCAACACCAUCAUGAAGCUGAGCACCAAAAUCUCCGAUGCCAUCAUGCAUGCCAUGGGCAAUGGUCCGGAAUUGGAGCAGAAGGUUAAGAAGACAUGCGGCACGCCCAAUCUGUCGCCCUCGCUGACCGACGAGUCGGAGACGCGACUGCAGCAGCACAAGAACAGCGUCAAGUGGGCCACGCCACCGGAUCCGGACAUGGUGCGCUUCCUCUCCACCAUCGAAAAGACCAAGGAGUUCUACACGAACAUUGUGGACAACUUCUGUGAUGCGGAGUACACCACCGAUGAUCGUCACUGCUGGACAGGCGAUCGCAUUGGUGACUACACGCAGCUGCUGAUCGACACUGGUAUGGACAGGCAGCGCUACAAUCCCGAGGUGCCCUGGAAGACCCAGACGCAGGUCAGCAAACUGAACGAACUGGUGGAUAAGCUCAUCAAGAUACGCAAGAGCAUUGGAGCAGCGGCACCCUCCUCGAGCAUACAGUCGCAUGAUAUCCAAAGCGAUAUGGGCCGCGAGGGCUCGGGAGGCGGCGGUGGCCAAAUCAGCGACGAUGAUGAGGAAUAUGGCGGUGGCAUUCACGGCUCCGGCGAUGGUUCUGGCGAUGGUGCCACACCCAUUGACGAUCGCGCUGGCCCACCGACCAUAACCGAGACUGAGCAGCGCGAAAAUAACCAGAGCGGCGGCGCGUCCAAUCCGUUGGCAGCCACUGCGACGUGCCUGCUCCUCACUCUAGUCACAAUACUCUACAGGAGUUGUAGUUAAGGCAGCGUCAAGGGAUAAGGGAUAAGGGAUAAAUAAAUCCCCGAACAGCAAGAGCAGCAACAGCAGCAACCGAUUAAUGGCGGAAAAUGCACGCGAGAGAAUCGAUUAAAAUCAUUAAUUAAUAACUAUUAUCAUUAUUAUUAUUAUUAUUAUUAUUUGUGUAAUUCUUAAGUUGUUACAAAACGUAAUUUAUUAGCCCCGUAAGCCCCCAACCGCCACCCUGCACUCAACUAACGAAACAAAAAGAAAAACAAAAAAAGGGAAGGAAUUUCGGAGCAGAGCGCCCCUUCUAGCUUUUCCAUUUUCCACAAAAACGAAUUUCCCCAUGCAGCAGCAUACAACUCUCCAACAAGACUUAUGUGCCAUAAAAAAGGGUGUUGGAAAUGUGUGUCUGUGUCUGCCAAACCAAGAAAAGAAAAGAAAGGAACGAAAUCCCCAAAUUUAAAAGAUAAAUAAAAUAGGCUCAAAACUCAAACUCAAAACCCAAGCAGAAUAGGCAUACGAAUAGAUAGAGUGUGUGUGCAGUUUGUUCAGAUAAAUGUUAAUACUACUACAAACACACGUGCAUAAAUAUACAGAUAUACUAUUUAUAGCGUAGAGUACAGCAAAGCUCAAUGUUCAAAGUACAUGUUGUUCCUUCUUGAAGUUGAAAUUGCGAAAAGAGAAAAGCACACAGAGAGCAUUCGAAGAAAAGAUAAAGAAAGUUCACAAAAUAUUAUUAAAUACGGAAUAUGUAGAGUAAAACAUAAAUAUAAAUCUGUUAAAUUCAUAUAAAAUUAUAAUUGUUGUCGUCUACACACACACGCACAUUUUGAACUGAACAAAGAAACAUUUGAGAAAAAAUAAUGCAUACAGAUGGAAUUUAGUUGAGUAAAAAAAGCACUUUACGGGAAAAACUAGAAGACUUACAGCUUUAUACGCAAGAAAAUAAAAAAACAAAAAGAAAAAGAAGCCGAGAAUCGAUUGAUAUGUACGUAUAUUAUAUGUAGCAUUAUUUAAAUUAGAGAAGGAAAUGUCAUUGGAAAUGCAUUCAGCUAAUUAGAGUUUACGAAAGUUAUGUGUGGAUGGAUCGUUUUGUAACUUUAAGUUUUGGGUCUGAGUACAGCGCACAAAUCGCAAUUUCAAAUGAAAAAUAGCACAGCAAACGCAAUUCGCAUUAAAAUCGAAAAAAAAACACGAAAUAACGAAAAACUAUUGUUGCAAUCUAACGAAUACUUUAGACAGUGUUGCAAAGCGCUGGGCGACACUCUAAAAAAUAAAAAUAUAUAAUAUAAUAAUAAUAAAUCUACGAGAAUAUAUUAUAUAGUAUACAAAAAUGAAUAUGAAAUAUGCAUUGAUACGAGUACGAGUACGAUUGUAAUAAGAAACAUAUACAUGAAUGAACUAAUUAAAUCGUAAUAUAAUGCUAGUGCGUAAACUGUAACGAUUUAGCCUGUAAUGUGUAAAAAGCAAACAAAACAGAGUUGAGCAGAGAGAAACAACAAACAAUUUAGUUAGUAGCAAAUUAACAAAACAAAAGGCAACCACCAUUAAACCAUCCAACCCGAAUCACAUACAAUCAGUGUGCAGUGUGUUUUAUGGGUUGCCGUUGUGUGAGCGUGCGCGUUUGGUACUAUGUAUAAUUAUUAUUUGUAUCAUUAUUAUUUAACUAUUGCAUGUGAUUAAUAAUAUUUAAGUUAAACGUAAACGCAACAUAUUAAAUUGUAACUUAUGUAUACCGCAAAAGCCGCAAAACAGCAAACAGCAAACCAGCAGCCACAUCAUUGUCGUUGUAAAUCUAUUCGAAAGAUAACCAAUGCAAAACAAAACAAACAAAAAAAACACACAAACAAAAAGAAAAAC